GUCUGGUUAAUCUCAGUCAUUAGCAGAUGCGAUUGAAACCCGUUUAGUGGGCUAGGCAACUUUGGCGUUGUAUAAAAGGCCGCUGGCCAUUGUUUCAGAUCCAGUAGCUGCUCUAAAAUGCUGAAAUACGCCCUUGUUCUUGCCCUGCUAGUGGUUUUGGCCAACUGCAAUGAGGAGGAUGUCCAAGCCCAGCUGGUGAAGUCGGAGAACCAUCAAAACCUGGACGGAGCUGGUCAGUUCGAGCACGAGAUCACGGUCACCAAUGGCAUCCAGAUCAAAGCCCACGGCAAUGUAAACGGCAUACAGGGCGAAUACUUUCUGCCCGGCGAAGAUGGCAAGCAAAUCCGGGUGACGUACACAGCCGAUGCAACCGGCUUCCAUCCGAAGGUCGAGGAGUGAUCGCUUGGCCUUGACUAUAUAAUAUAAUAUAAUAUAAUAUGUA